CUGGUAAGGAUGUUGCUAGCAGCCAGUGUAGAUGCACAGCCUUUUCACAACAAUAACAUCAACCAAAUUUGCAUUUCCAUAUACUUGAUUUGAGGAUUAUACAUUCCUGACGCCGUCGGAAACCAGGUUUUGGGACGCAAUACGUCGAGCUUUCUUCUGCAUUUUUUGGCUACGUUUUGAUUUGACAAUGGGAGCGGAGGGCUUUGCAGAUUUACAGCGCUCCUUUUUGCAGGAGCAGAAACAAGAAUCAUGGCUGGCCAGCUAGGCCGCAGAUGGAUUUUGUAGCGAAGAACAGCAGUCUUCUGAUAGAAAAUUUUGUAUGUUUUCGUGACACUUGCACAUAAAAAGUGGUGCUAAGGAGUCUGCAUUUUAACUACAUAGUUAUCCUUCAUUUUGUUCCCUUUUUUAUGGCCGAUCACAGCAGCUAGUGAGCCCGCUAGCUUCACAACCUUGACUGGUUGACGUUUGGCUUCGUAGCUAGCUCCUUUGGCCAGCUAACGAUAGCUAACAGCUCUUUAGCAGACAACCGCUGGCAGAAAACAUUCGGGAAGUUAUUUCUUACGAUAUAUUGCGGUUCGUGUGUGCGCUGAGGCACUUGGGUCGCAAAUUACUUUUGCAGCGUCUGCUUCUGGAUGAAUGUGGGACAAAAUGGAGACCCCGACGAUUGUGUACGAUUUGGAUACCUCUGGGGGCUUAAUGGAGCAAAUCCAAACACUGCUGGCGCCGCCGAAGUCGGAGGAGGUAGAGAAACGGAGUCGGAAACUGGUGAGGGACGUCCGGAGGAGCGGCAGGGCAACUAACCACGACACCUGCGAUAGUUGCCGGGAGGGGGGAGACUUGCUGUGCUGUGACCACUGUCCCGCAGCCUUCCACCUCCAGUGUUGCAAUCCACCUCUGAGUGAAGAAAUGCUUCCCCCAGGGGAAUGGAUGUGUCAUCGCUGCAACGUUCGAAAAAAGAAGCGAGAGCAGAAGUCUGAACAGACCAACGGCCUGCCAGAGAAAUCCUCCUCCAAGCGCUCUGCUUCCCCGGCUGUAGAGCUAGAGCUCAACGCCGGCCCGCUGCGGCUCGACGGUCUGCCUCCGGGGGCCGGAGCUGCAGGGCCUGGUCUGCGAGUGGCCCAGGUACGACUCUUGGACCGCAGAACCAGCAGCAGGCCAAGCAGCCGGCCUGGGACUCCAAACUCCAACACUUCAUCCACCCCUACUCCAUCAGAGGAGCAGAAUGAAGGCGAGGAGGAGGCAGCAGAGCCCGAGGAUGAAGUUCAGGGUGCAGAGCUUGAGAGUUCUACACUUUCGGGUCCGACGCCUCGCCUCCUCAAGAGGCCCUUUCAGCUCCUAAUAGCAGCCGCUAUGGAGAGGAACCCCACUCAAUUUCAGCUGCCGAGUGAGCUUACCUGCACCACUGCACUACCAGGCAGCAGUAAACGGAGGAAAAAAGAAGAGUUGCUUGGAAAGCCCUUCAGGAGACCUCAGCAUGAACUGGAUCCUAAUGGUCUAGUCCCUCUGCCAGUCAAAGUCUGCUUUUCAUGCAACAGGAGUUGCAGGUUGGCUCCACUGAUCCAGUGUGAUUACUGUCCCCUCCUGUUCCACAUGGACUGUCUGGAUCCUCCGCUCACAGCUUUACCUGCCGGCAAAUGGAUGUGUCCAAACCACGUCGAGCACUUAGUACUGAAUCAGAGGAGCCUGAGCUUAUCCAGCCGCUGUCAGCUCUUCGAUCAGUUCCAGGACAGGAUGUCCCAGCAUGCAGUUAAGUUGGACUUCCUGCGUAGAGUUCAUCGGCAGAAUGCCCCCAACCGGCGCACAACACACCAGCGCAACAAGAAAACCAUGAAGGUGCCAGAUGCCAUCAAGUCCCAGUACCAGAAUCCUCCCCCCAUGCUGCGUGCUGCAGGGGUGCGCCAGCUGGAGUUGGUUUGUAGUGGCAUUCCUGACCAUCAGCCUUCAAAGCAUUUCACCACAGAGGCUGAGCAGCAGGAGUGGCUUCAGGAUGUCAUCGCUCUCCAGUGCAGCAUCAUGCGACAUCUGUCCAUCAAACAGAGGACCUCAUCAACAGCAGUGAUGGGACUUCGGGAGUGGGACUUCGAGCACAAAGCAAGUACAAAAUCAAGUGGAACUUCAGAGGACGUGAAAACUCGGGCCUCAUUAGAAAGGACUUCUUCUCCUGACCCAUGCCCGAAACCCUGCGCUAUACCCAGUGACUCCCAGGGGGCCUCUCUUUCCAGGGACAACCCAUCAGAGCUGGGUGUUUGCAAAUGCAAUGUGACACCAUGUCAGAACUGUAGGAAAACUAAUGGACCUCUAGAAUUGGUUCAGCCCCCCAGAGCCAAUGGACCUGUAGACUGUAACAGUACCUCAGAUUCCUGCAGGCAGGCUGAGCUGCAGAACAGACUGAAACCUGGGAUAACACCACCGGACUCAGCUUCUGCCUCUGGGCUGGUGAACCACAUAGGAACAGAAAUGGUUAAGAAGGAACCCGAGAGCACUGUAAAUGCAUGUGCUCAAAAAAACUGCCCUACUGCCCCCACGAUAUGGACCCACAGUGGCCAGCAGAACCACAGGAGCCAGACAGAACUCCAGGAGUGUGUGAGCAGCGAUGAAAAACCCUCCUUCUCCAUCACCAGCAGUUCACUCUCAGACGCACCGUCUAAAGGCAGCCAGGAGCAUGACUCAGUAAAGCUGGGAUCAUCAUCGCCUACUCCAGACAUAAAGGCUGUUCCUGCAGUAAUGGACUCACUGCUGCCCAACACUGCCUCCCCUAUCACCAACCUGUCCAGCUGCAUUAAGGAUGGCAAGGAGGAGGAUGGUGGGAUUGAGCUGGACAAACUGGAUGCAGAGAUGAUCAAGCUCCUGGCCUAUCAGAGGAUCCAGCAGCUCUUCGCUCCCAAAGUGCCCAGUACUCAACCUCCCCCCACCACCAGCAUUACCCCAAAAUCCCCAUCACCCCACCCCAACAGUCAGAAAAAGGUGCAAGCCAGAGCUGUCUUUUACCCUCUGACAGGAAAAGGAGGAGCUGUCAGCAUGUGCUACAGGACGUUACACAUAGGAUCAGGUGCUGACAUGGAUGUGUGCCUUACAAACUACGGUCACUGCAACUACAUAUCGGGGAAACAUGCCUGUAUUUUUUAUGAUGAGAAUACCAAGCAUUAUGAGCUGCUUAACUACAGCGAGCAUGGCACCACAGUGGAUAACGUCCUGUAUUCGUGCGAUUUCUCCGAGAAGGCCUCACCGUCUCCACCCAGUGGCCUGGUGGCCAAAGUCCAAGGAAUCAUCCGUCGCAGUAAGAAGCGCGAGGAGGAUGAGGGAGCCAGCUCCGUGGUGGGGUUGUUGCCAGUGGGUGGAGUGAUGAGCAGCCAGUGUCAGGGUGGUGCAGAGCCGUCGUGUAGCUGCAAAGCAAGUAGCUCCAGCCUAAUUGGAGGCAGUGGGGCGGGCUGGGAGGGCACAGCCCUGCUCCACCAUGGCAGCUACAUCAAACUGGGCUGCCUCCAGUUUGUCUUCAGCAUCACCGAGUUCGCUAGUAAGCAGCCCAAAGAGGAGGAGGCCACUACACCUGCUGCCAGUUGCACAAGCACCAACACCAGCAGCAGCAGUGUCAUCAGCACAGCCCCCACUGAGACAACCUCCACAGCACCGCCACCCAACACUGCCACAGCGAGCAGCCUUUUUAACCAAGAUGAGACUGACUCUGAGACUGUACCUCCCCACCAAGUGCCCGUACUGCGCUCCAACUCUGUUUCAUAACCUGCACAGGAAGCCCCGCCCUCCCUCCUUUUAUUUUGCACCUUCUGUGUCACAAUGAAGGGAAAGCUGCACAGCUGGUUGGUCAACAGGGAAAAGUUUUUUUUGUGUUUUUUUUUUUUUUUUUUUUCCAUUUUAAUGGUUUAUAUCGUUGCAUGA